AUUUUUUAUAAUUUCUUUCACUGUGCACACGAAUUUAAAUGUCAACACUAAAUACAAACAUUUGUCUUGUUCAUUGAAAUGAACUAGUGGAUAAAUUGAAGAUGCUGUGAUAGCAAUUAAAACCAAAAUCUCCCCUGAAUCAAUGGCGAAUGAAAAAAAUACAUUAGGUUUCCAAACAGUAAAAUGGGCUGAACAGCACAGUGCACGACGAUGGCGCAAAAUAAAAUUCUACGUUGGCUCCCUGGAUGAACUUACUGGCGGGGGAAUAAACUCCCGUGGAAUAGUGGAAAUAGCAGGUGAGGCGGGUUCUGGCAAAACCCAACUCUCUCUUCAUCUAUCGUUGAGUUCUCAGUUUCAACACCAUACUGAGGGCAUGGAAAAAGGAGUGGUUUUCAUCAGCACCGAGCAUCCAUUCCCAUCCAGAAGAUUAAUGCAAAUGCAUGAGCGGUUUGCAACGAAGUAUGAUGCUUCGAACGUUAAAACUAUCAACUUCACGGAUAACAUUUUCCUAGAAAAUGUGAACAGCUCGACAUUAUUAGAGCAGUGCAUCCUGCAACGUCUCCCUGUUUUAUUGAAGAACAAUCCAAUCGGAUUGAUCGUAAUUGAUUCCAUAACAGCUGCCUACGCCGCCGAGCAAAACUACGUUGACCGAGCACAUUCAUUUCGAAAAGUGGUUCAUGCCUUAUAUCUCUUACAAGAGCAGUUCGAUUUAGCCGUGGUAUGCACCAAUCAAGUUCGAUCGUUGAUCGACAGCUCAACAUUGGGUGACGAAAAGAUUAUCCCAGCACUUGGGCUUGCCUGGAGUAGCUUGGUACAUACCCGUUUACAGCUAAGUCGAACGCAGGGAACCAAUGCACGAGUCUGUCGAUUACUAUUUUCUCCGACAGCCGCUGCUAGUGAGUGUCAUUUCGUUAUAACUGAGCAAGGAAUUUCGGAUUCAUAGAAGUCAUGCCACUAACAGUUUUCCAUUCUCUAAUUGUACAUUUAAAAUAUAGAAUUCUACACGUAUUCCACCGUAUUUGUUUUACUAUUCUACUAUGAUUGAUUGUUUCCCUAAUAAAUAUGCUAUUUGCUUCUUUCAA